AUGUUUGGCAUCGCCACCCUUCGCCCACAUGGUGUGGCGCGGUAUGCCCCAUGCCUCAAGCAUGCGCGUCUUCCAGCCUCGACCACGGUAGGGAAAUGUGCACGUCGAUUCGUUGUCAUCAGAAGAGUUACUGGCGACGGCAAAGACAGUUCAUCCAACCGCCACAGAGAACAGAAGCAGGAGCGGCAUCACAGGCCACUAGCUGUACGAAGAAUAUAUGCUCGGGGCCAGCAUGAACGGGAUAGCGAUGCUGUUGCCACGAACCCCACAGAUGAGCAGUUCUACGACUACUUCCUCAAGGAAUUCAAGGCCGUAACCACCAAAUACAACCUGGAGCCGGCUGCAUGGCGCAACUUUAUCCAAUUGAAGCAGGAUCUACCUCCAGCCUUGCAGCAAGACCCCGUUAGCGUGCUGGAUAGCGGAACGCGGGACCUGGAUCUGGUUCGACAAUGUUUGGAGCGGUUUGUUGCGCUCACGUGCAUGGAAUUUCCUGGGAAAGAAGAGCAGCGUGAGAAGUACCGGCAGCUCAAACCGGGAAGCCGCGCUCUCCUGUGGUUGCUCAAUGACGACGGAUUCCACAAAUUCGACUUGAUCCGACACCCCGAAUUCUUGCGAGUUGUCGUGCAUUGUGUUGUUGCUGAUGGGGGCGAGCAAUUCUUACGGCACUGGCUUUCUAUCGACGAGACCCCUUCAUUCGCCACCUCAAGGACGCCACAGGAACAAGUGCGGUGGAAGGGGGACGUGCUGCGAUUUCUGAUACACAGUACCAUGUACUGGAGUGGGCAGCAGGCCGCCUUCGAGCAGUUCGAGCAUGCCGUAGCAAUGACGGCCACCACAGCUAUAUCUGAGCAAAGUUGUAUACCCCUCUUACCGGCUGGUAUCGUAUUGCGAAAGGCGAUAUUGGGCCCCACAUCCAAGCAAGACUUUACCCAGCCCGUGUUCCGUCGAUUUGUAGAGAGCUGCGCAAUGUGGAUCAACGACCAGGAUGAGCUCCACUUUCUCCGUGGGCGUUUACUCCUGCACGAUCCAGUCGCACCGCAACCACUCGAGGCGCUCCGAUUUUUUCAACGCUGUGAUUCGAAACCACCAUCUCCCUUUGUCCGCGACCUGUUCGAACCGAGGGGAAGACUAGCAUCUACUGCGACCUUCUACACGAUUACGCGCACAGCCCAAGUCUUGGACCAAGGCGGAUAUCUGACCGAGGCCAAAUGGCUUCUCGACUUUGGGCGUAGGCGUUUGCCGAAUUGCUUCGCAUGGCGAGGUGUAGAUCUUGCUGUCUAA